UUAAAGUAGAAUAGGUGAAAACACCUAUAUAAAGUAGUACUGUCUCACAAAAUUGUAUCAGGGCACAAAGUAAUUCAUUUACUCUUACUAAUCUUUUGUUUUUGCUCUUGUCAUGAGGAGCUUCAUUUUAACCACAACACUCCUUGUAGCACUGCUAUGCUUCUUCUCUCUCCCGAUGUCAACCGUUGGUUUACCAAAGGAACCGUGGCGUAAGCCGUUGAAACUAGUGGCUGGCCGCCACUAUCACAAAGGCUCUGGCCACCUUGGAGGCUCGAAGGUUAGCUCUUCUUUAUCAGAGUCUAACGCACCCCUGUCCCCUCCAGGAUUGUUACCGGGGUUUCCCAACAUCCCAGGAAUUCCUAACAUCCCGGGGAUUCCCAUGAUUCCAGGACUUCCCAACAUCCCGCAAAUACCAAACAUUCCGAGGAUUCCUAGUAUCCCACAACCACCAAACAUCCCGAGGCUUCCUAACAUUCCGAGCCUCCCUAACCUCCCGGGCCUCCCUAGCCUCCCGGGCCUUCCUAGACUCCCGGAACUGCCUCCUCUACCGCCAGUCCGGUCACAAGUUGUGUUGCAAUCGGUNAUAUUAAUAUUGGGUCAAAUACUCCUCAAUUAG